CACAGAUAUCUUGUUUGGAAUAGCUAUGUUGGAAAUUCACUUGCCUAUUUCUUAGACAUGCCUUACUCCUGAAUGCUGCUAAUUCACAUAAAAAUGGAUGCUGUUAAUGUGACCUCUUUCAUAGAUGAGGCAUUGACUUGCAAUGUUUGCGACAGAUCGUUUCCCUCACGUCGUCUGCUAAGCGACCACCAACAGAAAAAGAGGCACUUUGGAUGUAGCUCGUGCGACAGUCUAUUCCCAUCCCUGAUGGCACUAGAGCACCACAAAGAAGAGUUCCAGCAUUGGAGUGACGACUCUUGCUGCGACGCGUCACGACACUCUUCUGACAGCGAGUCGGACGACUGUCGUGAUGAUGGUAGACUCAUAUAAUGCCGCCAUCUCAUUAUUGCCGGGGACAGACCGCAACACUUGGGCACUUUUGUUUAAUAACUGCUAGUAUGGAGUACCAAGAAAUGAAGAUAGUGCCAACUUUUCAGUGGCACUAAAAUCCUAAUUUCAACUGCUAUUAAACAAAAUUAAUAAUCCAAAUUUAAUAUUGAAAAAUCCAACGGCAAUCUAACAAGCCUCAAGAAUUCCAUGUUAUGUAUAAAAUUGGACUAAAAUGCUUUAUAAUACAAGGCCUAUUGUUCAAAGGAUUAAAAUGUCAAUCAUAAAAAUAUGUACUAAAUGUUAAUGAAAUAUAAACUGAAGACUUUACAUAUCAAUGUUUAGCUGUUGCUUUCUGUGAAUGUUAUUCCCGGCAAUAAUGCAUAUUAACGCGUUUACGACUGAUGAUCUGUAAAUAUUAUAUAUAAUAGUAGCUUGUGAACGAUUUGAAUAUUUUGUGUAACAAACCUGUUUAUACAAAUCGUUGACGACCUUAAAGUACUGUAUAUCUGCACUCGCCUUAGUUAGUUUUUAGAUAUUAAACUGCACAUUAAUUUACCAUAUGCCCGGCCCUCAUUAAGAUAAGCGUAAAUAAAUAAUACUCAAAUCAUUUUAAAUGAAUUUAUAAAGUAGGCGCUGUUCACAUAUUUUUCAAGGUGAGGGCAGUUUGUAGCAGUAGAUACGUAAUGACCGCAUAGUAUUUGUUUCUUUUUAUAUCAAAGGUUAAAAAUGCUACGAAUAUUAACUAGAAAGGUAUAGAUUUUAAACAGGGCAAUAUACAUGUCAGAGAACAUAAGGUUUCAAAUAUUUUUGUAUAGAAAUAUUUCUAACUAGAUUAAGAUUCAUCUUAUAAACCUACAUUUACUAGUAAUUAGAAUGUCAAUAUUUGGUAUAUGUUGUAAAUGUGUUGCCUUCUCUAAAUAGGAAAUUUAUCCAUUUUUGUCUAACGUAAUUAGUUUUAUUUAGAAAAUCAUAGAGAAUGGCAUAAUGACGCAAUAUUGUUAAUAUCUAUAGUAAAUUAUGAUAUAUCAAGGAUGUAUCAUAACAGUAUUAUAGUUGUAGUGAAUUAUGUAACUUUGUACAAAUAAACUGACCAGUGACAUCUU